GCGUGGUUUGGCGCUGCCAUUGGUGAAACGCGGUUCCUCUUCCUCUCUGGUUUCUGCUUUCUUUUCGUACGCCCAGCCUCUGAAUAAUGAUAAUAAUGAUCAAGAUGGCUACUUCAAAAUUCUCCAUACGGUAGCUGGACACAAAUGUUUAUGGAAAAGCCGGAUUUCCCUUUUCUUCCAGACCCUCGUAGGUGACGGGGCCAGGAUUUCCGCUAUAUGGAUUAAAACGGGUCGCGAGGAGAAGUCGUUGUGUUGCCUGCAGGACUCAUUCUGAGCGAGCUAGCUAGCAGAGCAACGAGCUAGCUGUCGAUUUAUUUCCGAGCAGCUGCCGCUCAGAGGAGUGCUGCUGAAAUGGCAGAGCCGAGGAAAGUGCCCUUCGUCACCAUCUCCUCCUUCGGCAGCUCGCCGCAGACCCCGGAGCCCGGCAAGAAGCGCCGCCGCGAGGACGAGGCCGUCGACAUCACUUUUGGGAAAGAUGGUGGAGGUGCCGCGGCGGUCGGCGGGUUAGGAGGUGGCGGAGGAGGAGGAGGAGGUCUGUUCGGGAAGGAGGGCGACGCCAACAAAACCGGGGAGGAGAAGCCGACCGUCCGGCUGAGCCUCACCCUGACAGAGCCGAACGACCGAGGGUCCUCGGAGUUCAACUACGGCGAGCUGCUCCACACAAAAACUUCUCCUUCAUCUCAGGGAGGCGGCCCAAAGAAGAAGAAAAAGGACCGGAUGCAGGAUCUCAUCGACAUCGGUUAUGGCUACGAUGAGACCGACCCCUUCAUAGAUAAUUCAGAGGCCUACGAUGAGCUGGUGCCGGCAUCUCUCACCACAAAGCACGGCGGCUUCUACAUCAACACGGGCACUCUGCAGUUCAGGCCUGCGUCGGACUCUGAGGGGGACAACACGAACACCGAGGAUCACCACUUCAAGAAGAUGAAAGAUGGUGAAGAGCGAGUGAUGAAGAAACGACGGAAAAAGCAAGAUGGUGGCAUUCUAGAGGACAAGAAACCCAGAAAAAACAAACUACCAAAGCCUGGAGUUUCGGCUCUGAACGUUCACCGCCCAGAGAAGAAAAAGAGGAAGAAGCUGAUGAAGGACUCGCUGCACCUCGCCAACAUGCUUCGCCGCUUCACCCGCGAGAAAGAGGAGAUGCGCAAGAAGAACAUGGCUGCCGCUGGCGGCCUGCCACGACCCAACGCCAAAGUGCCCAGCGUCGUCAGCGCGCCCGUCAGCGCCCACCUCAAGGUCGGCGGCGGCAGCGACAACAACGUGUCGGACCUGACCGACGACCAGGCUGUGAUGUCACUGCUGGGCUCCGCCAACAACGACCUGCUGCAGGACAUGAUGGGCGACCUGGACUUCGGGAUGCUGGAUUCGCCUCAGCCCGGCAGUCCCACGCAGGGAGAGAACGGGUCGUUCGGGCAUAAAAGUGGCGGCGGUCGAGCAGUUCAAGCUAACAUGAUGCCGCCGCCUCCUCUCCCCGGUGGUCUGCCAGGCCCGCUCGCAAAGCGCAUCGAAGACCUGCGAGCGGCGUCCCGUCUGUUCGAUGAAGAGGGCAGGAAGAAGUUCUUCACACUGGACAUGAACAACAUCUUGCUGGACAUCGAGCUGCAGGUUCAGGAGCAGCCCGCGGAGGUGCGCUCAGCCGUCUACUCCCACCUGGAGGCCUUCGUGCCCUGCAAUAAAGAAGCUCUGCUCAAACGCCUCAAGAAGCUCAGCCUCAACGUUCAGGACGACCGGCUCCGGACGCCGCUGCUGAAGCUGAAGCUGGCCGUGUGCAGCGUGAUGCCGGAGCAGGUCGCUCGCUACAACAUGGACUGCAUCGCCAAAGUGGCAAAGCAGCAGUCUGAGGAAGGAGACAAAAAUGGGUCAGAAGAUGACGAUGAGGAGAAACCAGGAAAGAGGGUGAUGGGGCCUCGGAAGAAGUUUGUGUGGGACGACAAGCUCAGGUUAUUGCUGUGUAACUUGGUGCAGGUGAAGCUCGGCUGCUACGAGCUGGAGGGCAAGAACACGCUGUCUCUGGAAGAGUACCUGAAAGCCUUCAUGGAGACGGAGGUGAAACCUCUGUGGCCGAAGGGCUGGAUGCAGGCCAGAAUGCUGUUCAAAGAGAGCAUCAUGGUUCACGGUCAUCUAACAGGCUACACAGCAAAGAAAAAGAUGUUUCCAACAAAACCCAAGCCAAAGGAGGUAGCGUGGGUUCAGCGACCGGCACCUUCAGUGGGUGCCACCCCCUCCCCUGCUGCUCCAGUUGCCAAGCGACCUCCACUGUCACCGUCUGAGCCCAUAUGUCUCGGCUCUCUCGAUGACUCUCCCGCCUUCGACUCCAUCUCUCAGGCUCUGGCCAUCCUUGGUAACGCAGCCAAGGGCCUGGCUCAGGGAGACAGCCCCCCGUCCCCGGACAGAACCAAGACUGCGACCAACUCUCCCAGCCUCCACGCCUCGGCUCUCCUCCAGCAGCAGAAAAAGAACUCAGUCUGUGCUCCCAUCUCCAACACAUCUCACUACAUCUCUACCUCUUCAUCCUCCUCCUCCCUGUCUCGGGCGGCCCCCAAUACGUCGUCCUCUCUGACCUCAGUUAGGCCGGAUGGCAUGGGGACUGUGAAGGUAACGGUGCAGACUCAAAGACACUCUGUUCUGGGCACUCAGAGACCUUCGGGCGUGGGUGUGACAAAAACAAGCACACCUGUCGCUGUAUCCCCUCCUAAGCCACGCCCCCCACCCACAGCAUCUCCGUUAGUGCCCCCAGGAUCAAAGAUGGGAGCCUCCACUCCCUUUUCUGUCCUUGUCAAAGGCAGCAAUACUAAAGCCAACGAUGAUGACGCCCUCAUCGUCACCUCACCUCAGACUCGACCACACAGCCUUGCGUCAAUCCCACUAAUAGUCCACAAAACCUUUCAGGCUUCUCGCCUUGCCCAGACCUCGCAAAGUAAACCGAACCCCUCCACCCAGACGCUCACUGGUGGUCAGACGCAGCCGCAGUCUAACUUCAUUACUCCUAUGCAUGCUACCCUCACCAAAUCCACCCACAGCAGCAUCCCUCCCAUCAUCAAACUCACCCCCCGAACCCCCAACCCAAUCGUCACCACUACCAGCUCCUCUCCGUCACCUUCAGUUUCUCAGAGUCCUCGCUCUCAGGCAGCCCCCUCCGUACACCAGUACACUCCCAAAACCCCCACUGGCUUCAGGCCCUCGUUCUCAGGUGUCUCAGGAGGAGCGACAGUAGCCAAGACGGGUCAGUGCAGCUACACUCCUCCAAGCAGCCAGAAGACCCCUACCAUUAACAGCACUACCAACACCAGCCUUAUAAAUACUUCAUCUGUAAGCAAGCAUUCAGGAACCAGUGCCUCCCCUGCAGCGGCUUCUGCUACCUCAGGCCAGCGUCAGAGGACUGGAGGUGGGACUCCUCAGGGGGCAAAGACGGUCGUGUCUGUUCCACAGGUCUCCACAACAGGAAGCAGCAGUCUGCUCAGCUCGGCCUCGUCUCUUCCCCUGGGGUUUGGGAUGCUGGGGGGUCUGGUACCUGUAUCCCUGCCGUUCCAGUUUCCCUCCAUGCUAAACCUGCCUCAGCUGGGGACGGGUGGCUCCAGUCCAGCAACCAGCAGCUCUGCAGCCAGUAGCAACGCGGCAUUCUCCACCCUGACACAAAAUCUGUAUAAGAGUCUCCAGUCAGGGUCUCAGGUUGCUCUGCCUCCUCACUUGCAGCUCGCUUUCUCAGAUGUCGGUCAGAGCCAGGGAGGAGACAACAAGCGGAAGACUCUAUGAUCCAGCUGGACGUCCACACCAAGGAACGACGUGCAAACCAGUCGGGACGUUGUCUGAACACUUCACUGGAACGGGUUUAAUCAGUAGUGGGCUGCACCUCACAGAUCAGCUCACCACCUUACCACAGUCAAAUACCUUUUUUUAAACUCCUUCGUGUCGAUAGAGAAGGCAAAUACCAUGUUCUAAUGUUUACAACAGACCUUAAUCACUGUGG